GCUCAAACGGAUGCUCUGUCACAGAGCCUGAGCCUAUUUGUGCGCUAUACAAAUCUUUUUGCAAGCCUCCCGUGGAUCUUCUGUGCACCAGCAGCCAUGGUUCUGGAAGAUAAUGAGUGUGACUCUGUCUUUGAGCCCCACAUCACCGAGGAGCAUGUGGACACUCAGUACGGGCAAGUCCACUGCGUCAUGACGGGGACGCCCAAAGCAAACCGCCCGGUCAUUCUAACAUAUCAUGAUGUGGGCCUAAACCACAAGUCAUGUUUCGAUACUCUGUUCACACAUGAGGACAUGCAAGAAAUCAUUACGCAUUUUCCUGUUUGUCACGUUGAAGCGCCAGGACAACACGAGGGGGCCAAAACUCUCCCAACAUCGUAUUCCUACCCGACCAUGGACCAGCUGUCCGAAGCACUGCCUGCCGUGCUCAAACACUUUAGGUUGCACACUGUGAUUGGACUGGGAGUUGGAGCAGGGGCUUACGUGUUGGCCAAUUUUGCUCUGAAUCACCCUGAUCUGGUGGACGGAUUGGUUCUGAUCAACAUCAACCCCAAUGCUGAAGGAUUAAUAGACACUGUUGCAAACAAGAUUACUGAAUGGACUCACACCCUCCCUGACACGAUCAUCACUCACUUGUUUGGAAAAGAGGAGAUCCAGACCAACCAUGAUCUCAUUGCUACAUACCGCCACCACAUCACGGCAUCAAUGAACCAGCACAACGUGGCUCAGUUCUUCCGUGCCUACAAUAGCCGCUGUGCUCUUGAAGUGGAGAGGCCUGUUGAAGGGGCAAACAUCAAUGCCAGGACCCUCAAAUGCUCUACUUUGCUGGUCGUUGGAGACAGUUCUCCUGCUGUGGAAGUCGUGGUGGACUGCAACUCCAAGCUCAACCCAACAAAGACCACACUGCUUAAGAUGGCUGACUGUGGAGGACUUCCUCAAGUGGCUCAGCCAGCCAAAGUGGUUGAAGCCCUCAAAUAUUUCAUCCAAGGCCUGGGAUACCUGUCCAGUGCCAGUAUGACCAGACUGCGUUCACGUACGGCCUCUGGCUCCAGCGUCUCCUCCAUGGAAGUUUCUCGGAGCCGCGCGCACACCAACGAACUGCAACGCGGUCGCACUCACUCACACGGUGCUGAGGAGAAGCGUGGACGCUCCCACACUGACGCCUCCAUCGAGAGCCUCUCCAACAGCAACAUGGACCGAUUGAUUUCAAAGUCCACUGAGGUGGCAUGCUAGAGUUCACACUGCACUUAUCUCAUACAUUUUGGUUAAAUGAUAACUGUUUUUACCUAGCUCCACCCUCUUCUUGCAUGCUAUGCGACCUUCACCAGGGCCAACACAGAUAGACAAACAACAUUCACACUCACAUUCACACACUAGGGCCUAUUUAGUGUUGCCAAUCAACCUAUCCCCAGGUGCAUGUCUUUGGAUAUAUAUAUAUAUAUAUACAUAUAUAUAUAUAUAUAUAUAUAUAUAUAUAUGUACACACACACACACAUUUAUUUAUAUGAGUAACACAAAGAUGUAAAUACUUUUUUUUUGUUUCUUCCUUGUACGUUUAUCAGGGAAUAAUUUUCAGAAAUGUAAAACUUAUUGUUCAUGCAGCAUAAAAAAAAGCUACAUUCCAACAGGCAGCAACAAACUCUGUUGUGUAGUAACUCAUUUGUACCACUCGAUGGUAGUGUGCACAUUUGUGUUUGAGGUCCAGUUCAUGGAAAGCAGCAACAUUGAUAUAAUCCAUCCGGCACAGCUUUCCAGAUAUUUUUAAAAUGACUUAGGGUUUUAUUUUAAUCUUUGCUCUUUACCCAGAUGGGCUGCAUUAAAUAAAAUAAUUUUGAAAAAAAUACUGUUGUCAUCAUCCCUGCACAGUUCAUGACACAAAGUCACUGUGUGUGUGUACAGAUUCUACUGAAUGUGCAGAAAAAAGUAAUGCAGUGUGAAUGCAGAGUGUGUGGGUCUGUGCAUUGUUGACAUAAAGCUGUGCCGGCAUUUAUAAUCACAUUUAUUUAGAAUUGGAUGUUUGAGGGGGUUGCAUCCCGACCGCAAAGCUUCUCGUUUGGAGUAUGACGCUGUGAUGAAUAAUAAAUGAGAAGAAUCUCUUAAGAAUGUAUUUAAACAUGGGAUGAACGUGCUAAAGGGCCCUGGCAUACAAGAUGUUUUGUUGUGUGCUUGGGUGUAAUGUAAAAGGCUGCAUUCUAUAUUUGUCAAUGCUUUAAUUCCAGUAUGUACAAUAAAGAGAAACAUUUUUAGGCCAAUAUUUUUUUUCAAAAUACUACCUAAGGUCCAAAAUGUAAUGUGCACAGACUUGCAGUAUUGAGAAAUACGUGCACGGCCACACUUUUUAAAUAUUCAGUGCAUGUGUCACUUAACCAGUAGCAUAAAAGGCUUUGUGUGUUUUGCUGAAUUAAAAUUUAAUAUCCCCGUUUCCAUGUUA